AUUUCCCUAUGCAAAAAAAACUAGACUUCUGUGCCUUCCAUCGUCAGGCAAUACUAAAUAAAUAAUUUGUUAUAUUAUAUAUAUUAUAUAUAUAUUAUAUUAAUAAUAUAAAUUAUAAAUAAUAAAUAUUGAAACAUAAAUAAUAAAUAAGUAAAAUAAAAGAGUUUGCUUGAGUGACGUAAUUUAUUGAUGUUUUAUUCGGUGUGAAAAAAGUGACCGGUUACUCCAUUAAUAAACAAUUGUUAUUUUAAAUAAUAAUAAUUAAUUAAUUAGUUGAUUAAUUGAUUAAGUAAAUAAAUAAAUAAAUAAAAUGAUUAUGCUGAUAUUUAAUCUUGUAGAUGAUGGACAAGGAUAUGUUUGAUGAUAGAGACUACCCGACUCAAUGGGCAUUACAUCCAUCAAUGUAUCAAAACAUGAGCAAUGAUCAAGUUGAUUGGGCAGCUUUAGCUCAACAAUGGAUAAAAAUGAAAGAGACAGUAGUGCCGCCAGCACCACCACCGCCGAGUCUCAGCGAUGGGAACGACCACGCUGGCGGCGAAGCUCCAAUGGACAUGGACACUAUCGCUGAUGACGUUCCACCGGCACCACCAGCUCCCAAUAUCAGUGGCAACGACAACUGGAAUGCCUGGAGUCAAUGGGGACAGUGGAACACAUCCGGACCAGGUGGUGGCUGCUGGGAAUGGAGCGGAGUCCCACCACCAGGUGUCCAACUAGGUCCCGAUGGUAAACCAAUGGGUGUUCCAGUUCCUGCAGCACCGAACAUCAGCAGAACUGGGUUCAAUGUACCUCCGCCACCUCCACCACCAUCAGGAGCUUACUCAUAUAAUUCAGGUUCAGCUCAAGCCAAUUUUAAUUCUCUGUCUUAUUGGGAUAAUUCCGGACAGCCGGGAUCUCCACCAUUCAAAGGCAUCCGUCUAUCGCGGAUUCAUAAUAUCCGGGGUGAUCUUAAUCUACGCGAUGAAAAAGAAAAAACCCCGGAUGAAGACACGACGAUGGUUAUUGAUGCUGCUAAGAGACGUCAAUUGCCAGCGUGGAUACGCGAAGGGUUGGAAAAAAUGGAACGGGAGAAACACAAAGCUGUCGAACGGGAACGACAGGAAAUGCUGAGGAAACAGGAAAUGGAAGCUAGAAAACUAGCAGAAGAUGAAGCUCGCGCGGUUCUAGAUCCUAGUAAAAGUAAAUUUGACUCGGAGUCUGAUAAAGAAACUGAGGAGCAGGUUAUUGAUGAACAGAAAGACACUAGUCCUGAUAUUAUUAUUCGGCAACGCAAAUCACGGUUUCGUGACGCGGAUUCACCGGAUGCCAGACUAAUUAAUUCUGAAAGCACGUCGUCGGGAUCGAUAACUGGUGUCGCUGUUAAACGGUCACGUGAAGAAAUAUUGCAAGACAUUAUGCUUAAAGUACGUCGCUCAUUGACUGAAAUUCUAUUAGAAGUAACAAACGAAGAAAUAUCUUGUGUGUGCAGAGAAGUCUGGACUCGCUAUCGUGCCAAAGUCCCUGCAGGAGAGCCCCCCGUCGCAUCCUACAACAACAAGGCCCCUCUUGCUCAGAUCACUCGCAACUUGGGUCUGGGCAUCUACGGCGACAGCAACAGCGAGUCUGAGGAUGAAGCAGAGUCACCGGUAGCUGAUGAUAAUGAUGAUGAGGAUGACAGUGACUUAGAAUUGAAGGAGACGUUAAAGAGACGACAGGCAGCAUUUAAAAAAACAGAAGAAGAAAUUGAAGCGCGAAUUGCCGAAGAAGAAGCAAACGAGCUUCGUAACGAUGAUGACAAGCACGAAAAUUCCGUUAACAAUAAAACUUUAGAUGACAAAGAAGUCAAUAAUCAACGCGGGGCUUCGGAAACUCAGUCAAGUGGCGGCCAUACUCCGCGCAAUGACGAAGGAAUUAAAUCAUCAUCACGUUCAGUAGAUUCGGAGUCAAGUUCCAGCAGUUCGUCGUCAAGUUCGACAACGACGGAAACGAAUUCCAGUUCGAGUAGAAAUAAAAAACGUCGGAGUGAAAAGAAUAAUGAUCGGCGUAAAACGCGAUACCGGUCGAGAUCUUCCAGUCAUGGCCGCAGUAAAUCGAGUAAAAAACGUAGCCGUGAUCAUAAGAGACGGAGUCACUCUAGCACACGCUCGAGGUCUCGUAGAUCACGAUCAUGGUCUCGUAGGCGAAGAACUUCUCGGUCAAGAUCACGGACAAGAUCGCGAUCGCGACACAGGUCGCGGUCGAGGAAUCGCUCGAGAAGAUCCCGUAGCUACGGGCGCGUUUCGACGUCGUCGUCUUCACUGAUGGCCCAGUCAAAGUCGCGACGAAGUAGGAGCAGGUCUAGGGACAAAGGACGAAAACGCACGAGGUCCAGAUCGAGAUCAAGGUCGCGUAGACGUGAUGGUAAGAAGUCGAGCCAUCGGUACAGGGAUUGACGUUUGAAAACGGCUUAUAUUUAAAAGAUGAGCUCAUCAGUAAAACCAAGACUACGGUAUCCAUUUGUCUUAUUAUUUUUUUCUUCCUCUUUUAUUAAUAUAGUGAUAAGUUAUUCUAAUAAAUAAUUAAGUAAAUAAAUAAUUAAUAAUUACGGAUAAUAAAUUUUAUAAAAUUACGUGCGAAUGAUUUGUCGUAAUUUUUGAAAAUAAAUUUAUAUAGUAUGUGUUGGUGUGUGAGAAGCUUAUUAAUAUAAGUUA